UGAAAUUUGCUGCAUUUCACUUUCUUCUUCAUUCCUUCAUUUUUAAUUUGUUAUUUUUUAAAUCCAUUAAAUACCAUCAUAAUCUAAACUAUUUAAUAUCAAAUAUCUUUCAUUUCUCUUAACCUAAUUUGAUAAAAUUCUGCUUAUGACAAGAAAAACAGGAUGUACCACAUGUUUUUCAUAAAUAGCAUAUCCCAUCCACACUUCUGAUGCUUUCAGUAUGAGAGAAAUAGAAAAAUAUGGCAAACUGGAAUAAAAAGCGACGGUUGGCCAACGAGCCUGUUAUAGCAGUGGAAUAUCCUUUACAUAAAAAAAAAGAUAUGUUUUGUUGGGGUAGUACUAUACAUGGGGAAUUGGGUUUGGGUGGUAUAGAAGAUGAAAAUAUUUUGAUUCCCCGUGAACUUGAUUUUAAAAAAGCUGCAGAAAUACAGCAAAUUGCAUGUGGUGAAAAUUAUACAGUAGUUAUUACUCAAAUUGGUGAAAUAUAUUCAUGUGGGAAUAAUGACUAUGGACAACUUGGUCAUGAAAAAGGAAGAAAAAGAUUACAAUUAAUACCUGGAUUGGAUGCAUUUGUAUUCAAAAAAGCAGCUUGCGGAGCAUAUCAUACUUUAGCAAUAAAUGAAUGGGGACAAUUAUUUAGUUGGGGAUCUAAUACAGAAGGCCAACUAGGUUUAAAUUCCAAAAAUUUUAUGGAAUCUUCACCACGUAUGGUAAAAACCUUAGGAACAAGUGUAGUGGUACAAAUAGCUUGUGGAAUGAAACAUGCAUUUGCAUUAACAAAUAAUGGAGAAUUAUAUAGUUGGGGUUCUAACAGUGAAGGACAACUUGGUUUAGGUACUGAUACUAAAUAUGAAAUAAAGCCUAAAUUUAUCAGUGCCUUUAUUGGAAUUCCUAUUGCUUUUAUUGCCUGUGGAGGAUAUCAUAGCAUAGCUAUAUCAAAAUCAGGAGCUGUAUUUGGAUGGGGAAAAAAUACAUUUGGUCAAUUAGGACUAAAUGAUACACAAGAUAGAAAUUUACCAUGUCAGUUACAAACAUUACAAAAUGCAAAAAUAUGUUAUGCAGCUUGUGGAGAAGAAUUUUCUGUAUUUUUAACAGUAGAUGGUGGAGUAUUUACAUGUGGUGCUGGAAUGUAUGGUCAAUUAGGACAUGGAAGCAAUAGUAAUGAAAUUUUACCUCGUCAAGUGAUGGAACUUAUGGGUAGCACAGUUACACAAAUUUCAUGUGGUAAAAGACAUACUUUGGCAUUAGUACCAUCAAGAGGUAGAGUUUAUGCAUGGGGUUUAGGUGGUGCAGGACAAUUAGGUAAUCAUUCUACUCGAAGCGUAACAACUCCACAAGUAGUACAUGGUCCAUGGAUUGCACCAAAUGGUUCAACAAUAAUGGAUGUUAAUAAGCAAUUUAAUUCUCGUACAAUUGGUUAUAUUGUUAAACAUAUUUUCACUGGUGGAGAUCAUUGUUUUGCCACAGUAAUUUCACAGAAUGAUAUUGUAAAACCAGAUGACUGUAGAAUACUAGAAAGCACUUCUCAAAUUCUUACAAUAACUGAAGAUCAAUUAAUGGCAUGUCAACGAGUUCCGCCAAAUUCAUCUAUUGAUCAUGAACUUAUGACAUAUUUAGAAACUGUAUUUAAAAGUUUGUCCUGUGUAACUGGAUCAUUCUUACUUAAAAAUGAUGCUCAUUAUGGAUGUUCAAGUAAGCAUCAUGGGGUGGAUCUUGAUCAAGCUAGUAGAUUAUUUGGAAUUAUUAGAGAGUUGGAUAACAAGACAAUUCAAGAAUUGAUAUUUACUUGCAUAACAGACAGUUUGAUUCCUUCCUUUGUUAAUUUAUCAUCUAAAAUAAUUUGUACGGAAUCUUUAAGAAUCUAUUUAAUAUUACCUUUAUAUCAUGGUUUUGUAAAUCCUCUUAAUUGUAAUUCAUUGCAUAAGCCAUUUUGCAAAGCUGUUUUAGCAUUAAAGCCAGAGAUUCUUAAAACUGUUACAAGUUGGUGGCUUAAGACACCACCCCAUUAUUUUGAGAGAUUAGUUAGAGUUCAUAAAUCAGUCGUUUUACAUUAUGUAAAACAGUUUAAAUCAAAUAAGGCUGUAUCAUGGGAUGUGACAUUACAAGUUAUCUUAGAUUCUUUACAUUUAUUAAAUAAAUUGAAUAAUGAAGGCGAUGAAGGCAAUAAAGUACCUUAUUCUACAUUUCAUUUGCCAGAAUUAAUAGAACUUAUAGAUAUAAGAACUGAUUAUAUAAAAUGGAUUUCAGAAAAAGAAUCUUUUUCUUCUCAAAAAGUAUUCUGUAAUUAUCCUUUUCUUCUUGAUGCAAAUGCUAAAAUUAUACUUCUUGAAACGGAUCAAGCUAUUCAGAUGCAAUCAGCAAUGAAUGAGGCAGCAACCCUAGCUGUAAUGAAUCAAAUGUUUUUUGAUCCAUUUUCUAUACCACAUCAUAAUCAGUUUGUAAUAUUGAAUGUUUCGCGGGAAAAUAUUGUAGCUGAUACUUUGCGAGAAUUGUCACAAUAUAAUUCUAGUGACUUAAAAAAGCCUCUUCGAGUAAAAUUUCAUGGUGAAGAAGCAGAAGAUGCAGGUGGAGUUAAAAAAGAAUUCUUUAUGCUAUUACUAAGGGAAAUUUUAGAUCCUAAAUAUGGCAUGUUUAAACAAUAUGAAGAAACUAGAAUUAUAUGGUUUAGUGAAGAUUCACUUGAAGAUGAAAAUAUGUAUUUUUUAAUUGGAAUCCUUUGUGGACUAGUUAUCUAUAAUUUUAUUAUUAUUGAUUUGCCAUUUCCAUUAGCUUUAUAUAAGAAAUUGUUACAUGAACCAGUUGGUUUAAUUGAUAUGAAAGAUAUGUCACCAGUACUUGCCAAAAGUAUGCAAAAUAUAUUAGAUUAUGAAGAAGCAGAUUUUGAAGAAGUUUUUGGUUUACAUUUUGAAAUAGUUAGAGAAGUAUUUGGUGAAAAGAAAAUAUAUGAACUCAUACCUGAUGGUAGUAAAGUUCCUGUUACAUGGAAAAAUAAAAAACAAUUUGUUGAUUUGUAUGUAGAUUAUACAUUAAAUAAAUCUGUAGAUCCUCAUUUUCAAGCAUUUUAUAAAGGUUUUCAUAAAGUUUGUGGUGGUCGCGUAUUGGAAUUAUUUCAUAGUUAUGAACUUAUGGCUGUAGUAGUAGGAAAUGAAGAUUAUGAUUGGGAAGAGUUAGAAAAGAAUGCAACAUAUAAAGAAGGAUAUACAAAAGAUAAUCCUACUAUUAUAUUAUUUUGGCAAGUAUUUCGUGAACUUCCAUUGGAAGAAAAGAAAAAAUUCUUACUAUUUUUAACAGGAAGUGAUAGAAUACCUAUACAAGGCAUGAAAGCAAUCAAAAUUACAAUACAACCAAUGAAUGAUGAACGUUUAUUACCUGUUGCUCAUACAUGUUUUAAUUUACUUGAUCUUCCUCGAUAUCAAACUCGAGAAAGAUUACGAUAUAAAUUAUUACAAGCAAUUCAACAAACUCAUGGCUUUUCAUUAGUAUAAACUUACUAUUGUAAUCAUGCCAUAUAUAACUUUAUCUCAGGCUUAAAUUGAAAUUUUACUUAUAUUGAAAAAUUAUAAAUCAUUCUAUAUCUUUUUUUAGAGGCUAUAUAUCUGAGUGGUUAAAUGGAAAAAUUUACAUUAUUGUUAUUCUAUUUUUCUACAAUUUAUUUAAUCUAAAUCUAAUUAAUAAUAUUUUGUAAUCAUGAUUGUACAAGGAAUAGAUAUAUAUUUCAAAAUGUAAGCAACUGGUUCAAAAAAUAACAUGCAAAUGUUAUAUUAUGUUAUUUAAAUAUUAUUCAAAUAGGAUUUACUAAAUUUUUAAUUUUAUAAUUUUAUUAAUGCUUUAUUUUAAAUAAAAUAGUAUUUAAAAUUAUUAUAUUAUAUUUAGAUUUCAAAAAAGAGAUGAACUCAGGGAAAAUUAUUAGUAAAUAUGUAAAAAAUAUUUGUUAAUAGUUUAAUUUUUAAAAAUUAAAAAUAUAAUUAAAUUAUUUUAAUUGUACUAAUUAUUUGAUAAAAAAAACUUACACGACAGUGUUAAGAAGUUAUUCUACUGUACAUGACAAAAGCUUAUUUAAAUUAUAAAAAAAUGAAAAUUAUUAUUAAAAUUUAUUUAAAUAAUUUAUUGCUUUACUUUAGAAUAAACAUAAUAAAUAAAUAAAAAAAUAUGAUUUAUUCUAAAACUGGAUAUCAUUCUAUAAAUUGUAUAAAAUAAUUUAUACAUUGUUAGUAAAUAAACAUUUCACAAAGCAAAACCAAUAUAACAACAACAUAUUUGUGAAGUAAAAAAAUUUUAUCUUAUAUUCAUGUUGUAUCUUGAAAUAAAUUUUAUUAAAAAAA